GAAGAUAGGUACGUAUUUCUAAGUCUGUGGGUGAGCCGAUGCUGUGGAUGCAUUGUGUUACCAUAAGCAGACUUGGCCCCCACAACAUGACUGGAUACAUAGUGUCGAGGAGAGCCUGGCGGGGCGGGGUUUUGAUUCACAUUCUCAAUCCACCAUGUCUGAAAUCUUCGCAAGUAACUCCAAUCAGGACAUCCCAGUAUAUCUUGGAGUCUGGACGAACUGGUCGCAGGGAUACAUCACUGGGCUUACACUGACAACCACACUGCAACAAGGAGGAUUACUCAUCGCCUUCCUCGCACUCUUCGUGACCUUCACUGGUAGCUGCUUCUGGACAAUCACCUCCUUUAUCAUACACCAGAGCACGAGUCAGCAGGGAGUGCAAGAUACGCUGUACCAUCAACGCCAAGCAAUACUUCGCAACUCUGACACCAGCGCAGUCGCGCUGUGGAGACUGUCGAAAUUGUCUUGGGGCUGGCGCAAGAAAGCACCAAUGACCUCUAUCAAGCCUGCUUUGCUUCCGCUGACUAUGAGUCUUGUCACCUUUUGCGCCUUUGCAGUUGCUGGCGUUUUCUCCUCUCGAGUCGCUACCUCAAGAGGGGGCGAAGUUCUCGUUGUAGGCGACAGAUGUGCGACUCUAAACCACAAUUUGUUCACGGUCGAGAAUAAUGCCCUUACCCAAACAUAUCUUAGCAGCAGGGCCAAGUCAAGCGCGACUUACUCGGCCACUUGUUACGCAGACCACGGGUCUACGGAUAGCUGCCGCACCUUUGUUCGAAACAAUCUUCCUUACACCUUGACUCGCAAUGUGGAUUGCCCUUUUCUGGGGAAGGACCGGAUAUGUCGUUCACUCAAUAAUACCAUUCAGUUGGACUCUGGUUACUUAAACAGCCACUUUGAUCUUGGAAUUAACACGCCGCCAUCGGCAAGGUUUCUUUACCGGACAGUCAACGAAUGUACGCCAGUGCUUGGAGAAGAUUUUGUUAGGUGGAGGUCCAACUCUUCAGCAACAAUUAUUUCGCUGCUAUACGGGGGAGACCCGAGGGGCUGCAAUGAGUACAAGAAUGGUUGCACGUAUCAGUUUAUCGACAGGAGGGGAAAGGAAACGCAUUAUCAAAACCAGUACAGCCUAUCCAUGUUCACUCGCUAUGCCGUAGAAGAUAACAACAUAACCAUGUAUCUCAACUCCUUCAAACCAAUCCCAGAGCUAAGCAUUUCCGACGUCGACAUGACAGUAGUCAUUCUCAGGGCGAACGACAUGCCUUAUUCCACUCCUGUGUACGAUCCCUGGUUUGCGGCCACGCAAGGACCUUUCGAACGCUAUGGCCUGUUCAGCAAAAGCAAGGUCUACACAAGCAACCAACCCGCAUCUGCUCUGGCUUGCGUCCAGAAAUAUCAAUUCUGCAACCCGUCUCGAAAGUCGAACGAUAGCUGUACGCCACUUGUGGGUAUAUUUGAGGCUGUCCGCAUCGCGACAUCCACACUUUUCACUCAACCACAAGACAGGACUGCAUUCUCAUGGUAUGCUUCCAGUACCACAGAGAUGGCAGGUGGGAUGUCUGAGCUCACAGUAGCAUUGGGUCACCAAGCUCUGUUAGCGACUGAGAUUUCCUCACCUAUGGGGCUGUACGGCUUACCGAACAAUCAGUGGGAGCUUGAAGUAGAGCAUUGGUUCAAAUUCACACUCGCCGACCUGCAACGUGCGAUUCUCGACCAAGCAACCGGGCCUGUGUUCCCAUAUGCGACGCAGUUCCACUCGCCUCCCAAUGCCACCGAUAAACCCUCUCUGUGUGGCACUCAGAAAAUCCGCACCGACUCGUACACCUCCUUCAGCGUGCUUGGACUGAUCAUAAUCUUCUCUAUGGGCGGCCUGCUAAUCGUCAUCUCAAUCCUUUUGCCGAGUUUUGUAAGAGCGAUUCAGAAGAACAGAAACCCCUUUUCGAGUCUGGAAUGGACUUCAAACGACACACUACAGCUCCAGCGGCUGGCACACGAGGCUGUUGGGGCAGGUGAUUGGGAAGACACAUGCGGCGACUAUCCGAAAACAGCAAAUGCCGAGCUCCUAGCUGUUCUUGAUAUUACGGAUCACAAGCACACUUUCCUGCGUGUGGAGAAGCUGGUACCGGCCGCUGUGCAGGAUCAUUCCGCCGAGGAUGUGGAGGCAGGAUUGCUGGCGAGCUCCUGCCACAACCAUGAGGCCGGUUAAUUGUACUUAUAUCACUGUGGGCAUCGAACUUCCUUACAGCAGCUCAAUUCUAUGGUGCUUACUGUACUGCAGAUUUCUUC